ACGCCUCGGCACCUCCCCUUCUCCUUCCCGGCUCCCUUCCCCCACGGUCGCUGACCGCCGCCGGAGGUCGCUUGGUCAGGCCGCCGUAAUUAACCUCGGGAGCGCGCGGAUUAGCGAGGGCGGCGUAGUGCCAUUCUACUGUUGCGGGAGGCGUUUUAAUUGCGGGCGUGCCACGCUCGCUUGUCCCGAAUAUUUCCUGCAAAAAGCGCGAUUCCUCCCCGCGCUUUUGAUUAGCGAGGGAGCGAGCGCGACAUGGGUGGAUCAACGCUAGCUUCCACAGCCGGGGGGGUGCUCCGGUACCGUGGCCUGAUUAUUUAAUGCGGUUUAUUUAUUAGUAGUGCUCGAGCUAGCUAGUGGUCGUAGGCGUAAUUAUUUAAGGCAGCUGUCGCCGCUGGGAAGUCGCGAAAGCUUCGCCUCUUUUGAGAAGCUCAAGGCCACCACCUCCGGCCUUCUAGUCUCCUGCUCCGCGCCGUGCUGGCUUGCUGGUGGUAGUGGUAGAGCCUGCCACUGUCUAGCUCGGCGCAUUUCCACAAGCACAUGGUGGGCAUUGUGCGGGGGGAAGAAGAGGAGGCGGAGCGGCAGUAGAUUUGGGGAUGGGAGGGAAGUACUACGUGGCGAGGAGGAAGGGGUGGAGGGGCUUGGCGGCGGCGGCGUGGGUGGUGCUGGCCGUGGCGUGCUCGGCGGCCAUGCACUGGCACCUGCGGCAGGAGAGCAUGGACCGCGCGGAGGAGCGGCUCGUCAGCAUGUGCGAGGAGCGCGCCAGGAUGCUGCAGGAGCAGUUCGGGGUCACCGUCAACCACGUCCACGCGCUCGCCAUACUCAUCUCCACAUUCCACUACGAGAAGCUCCCCUCCGCCAUCGACCAGGACACUUUUGCAAAAUACACCGGAAGGACAUCAUUUGAGCGGCCACUGCUGAAUGGGGUGGCAUACGCUCACCGCCUCAUCCAUCAUGAGAGGGAAAUGUUUGAAAGUCAGCAAGGAUGGAUUAUGAAUACAAUGAAGCGGGAGGCUGCACCUCGCCAAGAUGAAUACGCCCCAGUGAUUUUCUCCCAGGAUACAGUUUCCUACCUGGCACGCAUUGACAUGAUGUCUGGGGAGGAGGACCGAGAGAAUAUUUUGCGUGCCAGAGCUACUGGCAAAGCAGUGUUGACAAACCCGUUUCGGUUGCUUGGGUCAAAUCACUUGGGAGUAGUUCUCACCUUUGCUGUGUACCGCCCAGAUCUACCUGCUGAUGCAUCAGUUGAUCAACGUGUGGAAGCAACUAUUGGGUAUCUUGGUGGAGCCUUUGAUGUGGAGACACUUGUGGAGAAUUUGCUGAGUAAACUUGCUGGCAAUCAGGAUAUUGUGGUGAAUGUCUAUGAUGCCACAAAUGCUUCAGAAGCUAUGGUGUUGUAUGGACCUCCAAGUUUGGACAAUGAAGUGCCCCUCUUGCAUGUUAGCAUGCUCGAUUUUGGAGAUCCGUUUAGGAGGCAUGAAAUGAGGUGUAGGUAUCGACAAAAGCCUCCUAUGCCGUGGUCCGCCAUCACUAAUCCUUUGGGCACUUUUGUCAUAUGGAUGCUUCUGGGGUAUAUCAUUUGUGCUGCGUGGUCUCGAUAUGACAAAGUUUCAGAAGAUUGUAGAAAGAUGAAAGAGCUCAAAACUCAGGCAGAAGCUGCUGAUGUUGCAAAGUCUCAGUUCCUGGCGACUGUAUCACAUGAGAUAAGAACACCUAUGAAUGGUGUCCUUGGAAUGCUGGAUAUGCUUUUGGGAACAGAGCUGACUCUGACUCAGAAGGAUUAUGCUCAGACGGCUCAGAUGUGUGGCUGCGCAUUGAUAACACUGAUAAAUGAUGUCCUUGAUCGAGCAAAAAUUGAAGCUGGAAAGUUGGAGCUUGAGGCAGUGCCUUUUGACUUGCGUUCUCUCAUGGAUGAUGUUAUUUCUUUGUUUUCCUCAAAGUCAAGGGAGAAGUGUAUUGAGCUUGCAGUAUUUGUAUGUGAUGACGUUCCAAAAGUUGUUAUUGGAGAUCCUUGGAGAUUUCGACAGAUACUGACAAAUUUGGUGGGCAAUGCUGUCAAAUUCACAGAGCAGGGCCAUGUAUUUGUGCGGGUUUGUUUGGCUGAGAACUCAAAUGUGGAACUUAAUCACGUCCUACAUGGAACCAUGAAUGGGAAAGAUGGUAAAUUUGAGUCGACAGCUAAUGGCGCCUUCAAUACUUUGAGUGGGUUUGAAGCAGCUGAUAGACGAAAUAGUUGGCAAUAUUUUAAGCUCCUGCUCUCUGAUAAAGAGUCACUUUUGGAUGAGCUUGAGAGUGAAAAAUCUAAUCAAAGUGAGUCUGACCGUGUCACCUUGGUGAUAAGCAUCGAGGACACAGGUGUUGGGAUCCCACUGCAUGCACAAGAUCGUGUUUUCACACCUUUCAUGCAGGCUGAUAGUUCAACUUCAAGGAACUAUGGUGGUACUGGGAUUGGUUUAAGCAUCAGCAAGUGCCUAGCUGAACUUAUGGGCGGGCAAAUAAGUUUCACUAGCCGUCCUUUCGUUGGAAGUACAUUUACAUUCUCAGCUGUGCUGAAGCGCUCAUACAAAGAUACUUCAGGUGAUUCAGGAAGGAGCUUGUCUGAGGCACUACCAACUGCUUUUAAGGGUAUGAAAGCCAUUUUGAUUGAUGGGAGACCUGUACGCAGUGCAGUCACAAGAUAUCACCUUAAGAGGUUGGGAAUAAUUGUUCAAAUUGUGAAUAAUAUGAGUGCGGGACUAAAAGCUUUCUCUGGACAAAAUGGAGCAACCAUGUCCAGAGAAAAGGCGUCCAUGCUUUUCAUUGAGAGUGACAUCUGGAGGCCCAAGACAGAUGUUCAGUUAUUGAAUUGUCUACGCGGGCUCAAGAAUGGUCAGUUAUCUGAGGUGCCCAAGGUAGUUCUUUUGGUCACCUCUGAAGCUGACAAGGAAAAAUAUGGGUCCACAUUCGAUGUUGUGAUGUGUAAGCCUAUAAGGGCAAGCACAAUUGCUUCAUGUAUUCAACAGUUGCUCGAAGUAGAGGUGCCUGAAAGAAAAGAAAAUCAAAAUCGACCAUCAUUUCUUCAUAGCUUGCUGGUUGGGAAGAAUAUAUUGGUUGUCGACGAUAAUAAAGUCAAUCUCAGGGUUGCUGCAGCUGCGCUCAGGAAGUAUGGUGCUAAGGUUCAUUGUGUUGAAAAUGGCAAGGAUGCUAUCAGCCUACUUCAACCGCCACAUUGCUUUGAUGCAUGUUUCAUGGAUGUUCAGAUGCCAGAGAUGGAUGGGUUUGAGGCCACUAGACAAAUAAGGCAAAUGGAGAUGAAAUCAAAUGAGGAAAGAAAGAACAAGCUGGCAUCUUGUGAAGGUUCAACAUUUGUUGAGUGGCAUUUGCCUGUUCUUGCAAUGACUGCUGAUGUUAUCCAGGCAACUUAUGAAGAGUGUAUAAAAUCAGGAAUGAAUGGAUAUGUUUCAAAACCCUUUGACGAGGAGCAGCUAUACCAGGCAGUCUCCAGGUUAGUAGUGGGGACAACUGAUUCGGCUGUUUGAUGGUCAGGUCAACGGAAUGGAUCCGAUGUCUCAUUAGUAGGAGCGAAGCGUCACCAUCUUUCUUCUGUCGAGCCGACUCUUAACUCUUACGAACGUCUGACAUGACUUCUCACAACACUAGAUGAAAAAGACGAAAGUGCCAUGAGCUAGCUAUGCAUCACAGUUGAAGUUUCAAUGGUAGCCCAGGGGAGUGAUAGGUAGAUUUCCCCGUAGUUCUCUUCUCUGUUGUCUGUAGGCUGUUGUAUAUUCUGUCAGUCCAUUGAAAAUACCGCAUCUUUUUGUUGCACUCUCUAGUAUCAAAGUCCCCUGGAAACUGAAAGUAAGUGAUGACCUGCUCAGUUGUCUCCUUCGCAUGUUGUAUGAAAUUGUUUGUAUUCUUUCAGUUUGAAGGAAAACUGGACCUGGACUUGCGUCCUUUCAUCCGCGAAAUAUCAAAUUUGUUUGUUUUUCUCAA